UGGUAUCUGCGGGCGGUUUCAAAUUGCGACACCAUAAACUUCUCGUACUCUCCGCUCGCCCAUUCUUCUUCUUCUUCCUCCUCGUCGUCUUCCUCCACUCUCCCUCCAUUCGCCAUUGAUUUCCCUAUUUAGCAAUCACACAUAUCUCUAUGUAUAUCUUCUAUCUAUUUGUCCACACCACAGGCCGACAGGAUUCGAUUCUCAUUCACACCUUCCUUCCUUUCAUUUGCUGAAUUCGCGCAGAUACAUACAAAACGGAUUUUUUUCCCCAAUUUUUUUUUUUUUGUGUUUUAGGUCUGGAUCGUCGAUCGAUGGUUUAGGGUUUGGUGGUGGUGCGUAUGUAUGUAAUGCAUCAGAAGAAAUCCGAGGCUCAGAUCGGAACAGAAAGCAGUGGCAUCUCUUCCGAUUUCAACCCUACGCCGCCGUCGUCGCUCACUCAGAAGCACCCUCAAUUCCCCCAAAAUUACCACCCCACGGUUCUCCACCCGCCGCUGCAAAUCCUAAUCGACGGCGAGGCUAAUAACAACCACAACAACAAUAGCGGUGGUGGUGGUCGAGAGGAGGAAGAGGAUGGAUUCGCCGCCGUUAAUCAGUACGGCGGCGUCCGCCAUAGAUGCGGCGAUAAUUCUCCGACGAGGAGAUUCGGCGUAUUCUACAACGCCUCUCAGAAAUUCCUCACUGACUUUCCCCGUCGUCUCCGGCGGCUGCGCGCACAUCUCCGGCUGAUUCUCCUCCUUAGCCUUCCUUUCUUAUACUUUUUCGUGUCUCAUCCUUCGAGCUCGUUCCUACUUGAUUUCAUGUCUGCUUUUGCCUUCUCAGCCGCUCUGCUAUUCUCCCUCAAUUUGGCUGUUCCGCGCCUCCCCACCAUAAGGCUUCUCCUUGCAAAAUCACUGCCUAUCAAAAUAGCUGCAAAGACCGGCAAUGGCAUCAACCACCGGCGGCCACAAUUCCCAGUCCUCUGGUCGAUAGGGCCGUGGCAGAAAGCUGCCGAUAAGAAGGCGGUCACAAUCACCGGUUACUAUGUGCAGGCGUAUAGAAAUGGCGACGUCUACGAGGGUGAGUUUCACAAGGGGAAAUACAAUGGCAGCGGAGUGUAUUACUAUUACAUGAGUGGGAGGUAUGAAGGGGAUUGGGUCGACGGAAAGUACGAUGGCUACGGGGUGGAGACAUGGGCGAGGGGUAGUCGAUAUAGAGGGCAGUACGGGCAGGGUCUUCGGCAUGGUUUCGGUGUGUAUAGAUUUUACACCGGGGAUGUUUAUGCCGGGCAGUGGUCCAACGGGCAAAGCCAUGGUUGCGGCAUUCAUACGUGCGAGGAUGGUAGUCGCUACAUCGGAGAAUUUAGGUGGGGCGUUAAACAUGGCCUUGGACACUACCAUUUCAGGAACGGAGAUAGGUAUGCCGGAGAAUAUUUCGCCGACAAGAUGCACGGAUUUGGCGUCUAUUAUUUCGCCAAUGGGCACCGCUACGAGGGCGCUUGGCACGAGGGUAAAAGGCAGGGUCUUGGCAUGUAUUCUUUUAGAAGUGGCGAAGCUCAAUCCGGACAUUGGCAAAACGGAGUGCUCGAUGUCCCAAGCACACAGAGCCAUAGCUAUCCUGUUUCUCCCGUCGCCGUUAACCACUCCAGGGUGCUCAAUGCUGUUCAGGAAGCUCGUCAGGUAGCGGAGAGAGCUUACGAGGUGGCCAAGGUGGACGAGAGCGUGAACAGGGCAGUUGCAGCAGCCAACAGGGCAGCCAAUGCAGCCAGAGUGGCGGCAGUGAAAGCCGUGCAAAGGCAAAUACACCGAAGAACCAAUAGCAAUGAAAUUCCAAUUCAUGUUACGUAGGACUCGCCACGACAACCAUAGUAGAAGAAGAUACAACUUCCUACCGAUGAGAAAGAUAGAGGAUUUAGCUGGAUCAACGAUGAGAAGGAUAGGAGUGUUCGAUGAAUCGAGACUUAAAGCAUGAAGAUUUACUAUUCUUCCUCGAUUCACCAAAGCUUUAUAUAAAAGCUGAAAUUUUUUAUACAGACCGGAGUUGUUAGCCAUCUAGGCUCAGUCGGGAUUGGGUGAGGCAGGAUUUCUCACCUUGUCAUGAGGAGCUUUUACAGUUUUGGGGUUGUAUAGUUAAAAAUAAGUUUUAAGUAUAAGUUUUCGAGUCGCAGGGAAACCCCUGAUAUACACAUACAGCUGAUACCUCUGUACGUGGAAAACUACUGAUCGAUAGAGAUAUAAUAUUUCAAGUCAAAGCUGUUUUCAUCA